CAAGCAUUGUGUUAAUUGAAAAAAUUGUAUAUAACCGUAAGAGCAAGGGAAAAUUUCGUUCAUACUGCGAAACAGCAAUGGGUAAUCUACAAGUGAUUGUCAUUGUUGCAUUAGCAAUUUUAUGGAUAAACAUAUCAAACGCGCAACCAGUAAAAGAAACCUAUCAACAACAUAUUAAUUUUGAUCAUGGUUUAAAGAGAAAAGAUGGCAACGGAGAAGUGGCAGUGGCAAAAAGAAAGGAUCAUUUAGAUGACAAUGUGAUCACCGAUGAUAUUACACUGGGGCAAAAGGCGAUACCAAGUAUAUCGGGGCAUGACACGGGUGAGGAGAGGACAUCGAAUAUAAUUGGUAGUCGUCGCGGGGGUAGGAGAAUGAAAUGUGUCCAAAUUAAUACAUUGAGCGCUAAAAAGAAAAAGCUUUUGUCAACAUUUAGUAACUCAGAAAUACUGUUAGCACUUCACGAAAGAUUGAAGAACCCCUUGAAAAGGAAAGGGGGACGUAAACCUAGACCUAGACCUGGAACUGGACCUAGACCUAUACCCGACCCACCAAUUCAAGCUAACUAUGAAAUAGGUUUUCAAACUUAUGUAACUAAUACCAUGUCACCCGAUACCGACAACGGAUCGGAUAACGUGGAAAGGCUCUGAGGACACAAGCCUUCCUUCCACACCCCGUCUUCAGCCUCUCUCGUCCAGCCAUAUAACUUCACCCUCUUCAUAAAAAAAAAAUUCAUUAUAUUAUUAUCUUUUGACGGUUCACGAAACACCCUUGGUCUCGUUAAUAAUUUCGAGCUGCUAGGACCAAGCAGUUCAAAAUUAUUUACGAGGAACUAAAUCGUUCCGUACGUGCCUAUGGAAUUUCAACUAUAUACGGGACCUUGACGAAUUCAUUAAAUCGUACAAACCGUAGAAUUCGUAUAAUAAUCGUUUCAUUUUUCAAUAUGACGUAAAGACUACGCUAUCAUGUACCUACCCAUUCCAAAAUAAAACUAUUUGAAACUA